CGAUUUGUACAGACGCUACCCUGUUACCCCGUCCUAUCUUUUCGACGUCUGGAUAAAAGUCGCACCUACGCUCAUCCGCCAUCGGCCUAAGUCUCCUUUUCCCGCUCAGAUCUCUCGAGCCGGGCGUUACUUAGAACUGUUAGAAUAUCUUGGACUAUCCCCUGGACUUUGUGUCACAACCCCCCCAGUCCUCUCCUAACCGUUUCUAAUCCUUCGCCAUGAGCUCCACAACGUCGCAGGACGCACCUACGUCAGGCGGCGUGGUGCGGGACCACCUACAGCCAGUCGAGCGUGUCACCGACCAGUUGGAGGUUCCUUCACUAGACGACCGGACAUAUCGUGUUAUACGUUUAUCUAACCAGCUUGAGGCGCUGCUGGUCCAUGAUCCUGAAACGGACAAGGCCAGCGCCGCAUUGGACGUUAAUGUCGGCAACUUCAGUGAUGAAGAUGAUAUGCCGGGUAUGGCACAUGCCGUGGAACAUCUUUUAUUCAUGGGUACGAAGAAAUACCCGGUAGAGAAUGCGUAUAACGUAUACCUCUCCUCUCAUUCGGGAAGCUCGAAUGCUUAUACCGGAGCCACUUCGACCAAUUACUUCUUCGAUAUUGCCGCGAAGCCGAGCAAUGGCGAGGAACCUUCCGAGACAAACCUGUCUCCCCUUUUCGGUGGCCUAGAUAGGUUUGCUCAGUUCUUCAUCGAGCCCCUGUUCCUCCCGUCGACGUUGGAUCGUGAGCUACGUGCUGUCGACUCAGAAAAUAAGAAGAACCUGCAGAGCGACCAGUGGCGCCUCCACCAGCUAGAGAAGUCUCUAUCUAACCCCAAGCAUCCUUAUUGCCACUUCUCGACUGGUAACUUUGAGGUGCUCAAGACUGAGCCGGAAUCUAAAGGCAUAGAUGUGCGGCAAAAGUUUAUAGACUUUCACGAAAAGCACUACUCUGCCAACAGGAUGAAGCUUUGCGUCUUGGGCCGAGAACCGCUAGAUGUACUUGAGAAAUGGGUUGCUGAGUUAUUCUCUGGCGUACCAAAUAAGAACCUCCCACAGAAUCGUUGGGAAACCGAAGUACCGUUCACUAACGAGCUCCUAUCUAUGCAAUGUUUUGCAAAGCCAGUCAUGGAUUCCAGAGAGCUUAAUCUCUAUUUUCCAUUCUUGGACGAAGAAUAUCUUUACGAAACGCAGCCGAGUCGGUAUAUUAGCCACCUAAUUGGCCACGAGGGCCCUGGUAGUAUAAUGGCGUACCUAAAAUCGAAGGGAUGGGCCAAUUCGCUCAGCGCUGGUGCAUAUCAAAUAUGCCCCGGUACUCCUGGCAUUUUCGACUGUCAGAUCCGGUUGACAAAAGAGGGUCUAAAACAUUAUAAAGAGGUCGUCAAAGUAUUCUUCCAGUACAUAUCACUUCUCAAACAAACACAACCUCAAGAAUGGAUAUUCGACGAACAGAAGGGCAUGGCGGAUGUGGACUUCAAAUUUAAGCAAAAGACACCAGCUAGUCGCUUCACAAGUAGGAUUUGUGCUGUGAUGCAAAAGCCGUUGCCCCGAGAGUGGUUACUCAGCGGCCAAAGCCGCCUACGAAAGUUUGACCCGGAAACUAUCGUUAAAGGGGUGGAACUAUUGAGACCCGAUAACUUUAGAAUGACUAUCGUGUCUCGGGACUUCCCGGGAGGUUGGGAUCAGAAGGAGAAGUGGUACGGAACAGAGUAUAAGGCUGAGAAUAUCCCCGAGGAUUUCCUAGCCGAGAUCGCCAAGGCCCUAGAUAGUACUUCUGAGGACCGCCUUUCCGCUCUGCAUCUCCCGCACAAGAACCAAUUCAUCCCGACAAAGCUUGAGGUGGAGAAGAAAGAAGUUGAGCGGCCAGCUCUAGCACCUCGAGUGAUCCGAGAUGAUGAAGUGGCGAGAACGUGGUUCAAGAAAGAUGACACAUUCUGGGUCCCGAAAGCGAAUUUAAUCGUCAGCAUCAGGAACCCUAUCAUAUUUGCUUCUGCAGAUAAUUCAGUCAGGUCCAAGUUGUUCACGGAUUUGGUAAGGGAUGCACUAGAGGAAUACUCAUAUGAUGCCGAGCUUGCUGGGCUGCAGUACAAUGUUCUUAUUACUAUGCGGGACCUCGAGGUCAAGGACGAACGAUUUGAGAUCAUCAAGGAGAGGCUGACUCGAGGUUACAAAAACUGUGAACUACAGCAGCCUUUUACACAGAUUGGCGACUACGUAUCCUGGCUUACGUCCGAACACGAUUACGUGGUUGAGCAACUGGUCGCCGUGUUGCCCGGAAUUACAGCCGAAGACGUAAGACAGUUCUACAAGCAGAUCAUGUCACAGCUGCACAUUGAGGCUUAUGUUCACGGAAACGUGUAUAAGGAGGAUGCCCUCAAGCUAACAGACAUGAUCGAAAAGAUACUAAAGCCCCGAGUCCUACCGAAGGAGGAGUGGCGUAUCAUUCGGUCAUUAGAUUUCCCCCCAGGGUCAAACUACGUUUUCAAAAAGACCCUCAAGGAUCCGGCGAACGUCAAUCACUGCAUCGAGUAUUAUCUCCACAUCGGCGAUAAAGGAGAUCGCCUGAUCCGUGCAAAGACGCAACUUCUUGAUCAGAUCAUUCACGAGCCGGCUUUUGAUCAGCUACGGACUAAAGAGCAGCUUGGCUACGUUGUCUUCAGUGGCCUUCGAAGUUCUGCUACUACGUAUGGGUUCCGCUUUAUAAUACAGAGCGAGCGCACUACCGAAUAUUUGGAAUCUCGAAUCGACUCCUUCCUAGCUACACAGACAAGUUCUCUAGAAAAUAUGAGCGAUACAGACUUUGAAAGUCACAAGAGGAGCGUGAUAAUUAAGCGUCUUGAGAAAUUAAAGAAUCUGGACCAAGAGACCGGUCGUCACUGGACGCACAUAAGCAAUGAAUAUUAUGACUUUGAAUCAGCCCAACGAGAUGCAGCCCAAGUUAAGGAACUUACAAAGUCAGAGAUGAUAGAGUUCUACUCAACCUAUAUCCAGCCCACAUCACCAACCCGGGCAAAAUUGGUCGUACAGCUCAUCGCUCAGGGUGUUAGCCCCAAAGCGAAGGAGGUCGAAGAGUCGACAAACGGAGACACAGCUACACUUUGGUCAAAUGGUACAGAGCCCGUCUUGAUACGAAAUGUGCGGGACUUCAAAGCGGGACUUUCAGUAACUCCAGGAGCUCGUCCGGUUAGGGACAUCAGAGACUUUGAGGAAAUAGACUCCAAGCUUUGAGACAAAAUUUUUGCGAGGAAGCGUUUGGUAGAACUUAGAACGCAAAGUGCUAUACCCAUCCAUUUGCAUAGUACAUUUACAGCGUAUUUGGCUUCUGGGCAGUACGAUACAUUUCAAAGUGAAAUGAAAUCGC